CGACACUCUGGCGGGGUUUAUGUAUGUAACCACGGCUAAUUAUUUCUCGUGAUCAACACAUAAAUAACAAGUACUUCCUUAUCUUGAUUGUUUGUUGUAUAUCACAUUACCAAGUGAAUAUUUGGAACACUGAGUUGAUAGUGUCACGUAUUCCCGGUGCAACGGACGGAAGAGCCAAUUAGAAAUAGUAUAUCUUAUUAACAGAUAUUUCAUUCAUUGGAGGAUUUGGUUAAGUUGAAACUGUUUAUAAACAAUGAAGAUAUCGGUACGACCACAUUCCAUACUAGCAGUGACGUCACAAUGCUUCAAAUUCCACCAAUCAUAAGUUGAUGUUGUCUGAUCACCAUCCGGCAGAAAUCAUUUCACCAGAGUUAGUUGGAAAAAACCCACUUCAUCUCGUGCUUCAUUUAUAUGGAAAAGAGCCAUAAUGGGUCAGCUACAUUUCGUAUUGCUUGCACAGAUAAUUGUUUUGAGCAUAAAAUGCAACAUCCUCACAGUCGUGGCGAACAAGACAUGUGUACAUCCGUGGAAACAGGACCUGGGGUUAAAGAUGGAUUCGAAAAACAAAUUUGAUCUGUCGGGGCUAAACAGUGUAAUAAAAGGAUUCCUACACAAUCCAGUUAUAGGUGAAGAAAUGGAGGAUCGUUUAAAGAAGUGCUCUGAAAACGCAGACUGCAGACUGUCUAUCAUGCUGGAUAAAAGGAAGAAACAGUCAAUGCGUCUUUGUGUGAUGGUAAAGGAUUCAGAAGCAUGCUUUACCUCCACCUGUACCUGUCCAACAUCACGAAGGAAACGAAAAAUUGAUUCUCCCGUUUUAGGUCAUAAUGAUGAUAAGGAAACAUUGCAAAAACAUGUUGUAGCUGAAUGCAAGUUUCAAGUUCUGGAAAAUGCAACCACUAGUUUAAAUAAAGUUGACGGAAAAGUUUGUAAGAACGAGUUGAAGGAACCCACAAGUAAGCCACCCAGUAAAGAUUCAAAGUUGAAUAAGACGUCUACCGUCAACGAGGAAACAUUUCUAAAUCAAAAGAGAACGAAAGGAAACGUCACGGGCUUUUAUCUGCUUUCUUUCUUUAUCGGAAUUGUGAUUGGUCUAUUUCUCGGGACGUUUGCCACAUGUGUGUAUCUUAAAAGACAAUCUAAAAAGCCUAGAACUCUAUCAAUUCGGAAUGAUAUAUAUUACGCCAAGAGGAACACAGACACGGAAAUCACACUUAACGAUACCACGGAGUAUUCUGAAAUCCCGGAAGUCCCUGAAAACGCAAAGACAGGGGAAGAAAAUCCACGGGAUGAAAACUGUGAAACGUCGUCUGCAAAAUCAAGUCAGAUACGUCCGUAUGUCAAUCUGCACACGUCCCCAUCCCUUCUAGUACACAUAGACAUGCACGAAGAACCUUAUCGAGAAAGCGUUCCCUCGACAGCCGAGUACACAGAGCCACUGAGUGACAUGUACUUCAAGUUGAAUACUGUAUCGACUGACAAUGACUCUAAAGAGCAAAUUAUGGAAAGUGGAUUAAGCAGAAGUAGAGAGCGGGGCACUUGUGAUGAAGACACAGCUAUCGAACAAUCGUCUGUCUCCACAAAUUAUGAAUAUUAUAAAGGUACACACCAGUACUACCAUUUAAAGGAUUGUCCACUCGUUAAUAGUGAACAACCCCUGGAAACGGAUAAAGGGACAUGUGGAAACUGUAAUUCCAAAGAAGAUAGCAACAGCAGCAAGCCUACAUAUUUUGUUUUAAAAGCAGUUGAGCCUCAACCUAUGACGACAAAAGACAUUGGUAAUACAGACAUGCUGCUAAAAGAGUAUCCAAAACCAGUUCCAUGCAGUAGAAUGGGAGGACCACUUUCAACAUCUGAUGGAGAGGCGGGGAAAUAGAAAACUUCAUUUGUUUAACGAAAACCCAGAGAAGGUUCUAAUUUCUGCCAUUGAUAAUAAUUGCUUCGAGAUCGUGUGAUGUCACAACGACCAAAGUUAUCCGAAAUGAGAAUGACACACAAAAUGUGAAAUGUUGACAUAUAUGUUUAAAACUUCCUCAUUCACCAUUGCAAGAUGAAAACACUUGAAUUUGUGUUUCUGAAAUAGAGUUACAAACGUUAUGAAUCCCUAAUAUUACCUGAGGAUGUCUGAUUAUCUAUAUGGACUACUCAUCAACAAUUUGAAUAUGUUAGUCACUGUCAAUACACAGUCACGGGAUGAAAAUACAAAAACAUAUAUGCAAACUCUUGUAAAAGAAAGGUCAUAUAACAUAUGUCCUCAUUCCUACAUAUGUGAAAACAUUCGACAGCCUUCGAAAAGAUGUCUCACAUAGCAUUCUCAAACAUAUAGUUUAGGCAAGUAUCAUCUGUGAAAUAGUAAAAGGGGAUAUGUGAAAUAAAUAACUCCAUCCCAAAUUAGGACCAAAUUAGAAUCACGAUCCCUAGAAAUUAGAAUUAAUGAAUGUCAUCAGAGUCGGGAAAACUUGGGGAAUUUACAUCUCAAUUUAGUGGCAGAACAAGUGAAGCACUCAGGAUACAAUUAACUUAAACUAAUUGUAUUAUCGAUGUUUAAAAAUCAUAUCAGGAAAUGAUUUACUAAAUUUUGUAAGAUACUGAUUUACUCCAUGACACCCCAAAAAUACUCCCAAAGACAAAAAUAUUCCCAAAGACAAAAAUAAAGAAUCAAUUGCCUUAUUGUUCAUUACAUCAAUUGUACUGUAAAGAACAAAAUAUAGGACUUGUAGGUACCCUUAAUCUCUAUACAGAGAAAUUAUGACGAAGGACUCGUAUGGUUUUCAAAAUAAGAUGGACUCUUUUUCAAAUUUGUAAAUGAUAAUUUGGUAUACAAAGUUGUAUUUCUCUCAAUUCAGCAUUUCUGAUUCAUGUGUUUUGUAUACAUGUACCAGGUUCUGCCGGAUCUCUUAUAUAAAACUAAUAUGAGUGAAGUAUUUGAAAUGUGUUUUCCAGAAAUGGAUCACUUACGGAAAUAUCGCAUAGCUGCAGCUGUGUGUUUAAACAGGAAGAUGUUAUCUUGUGAACAUAGCGAAUGUGACAAAUUUAACGGACUUUGAAGUCAGCAAUGAUAUCACGAGUGGCCUGUAAUGUCCUACAUGUAUACCCAUUUCAACAUUUGACUUGUUCAACAGUUCAAGUUUAUAAAUCAUUUCUAUUUUGAAAUUUAAUAAAAUAGUAACAAUAAAA